CCAUUCUGCAUCUCGUUGACUCGACUUAUCCCUGACACAAAACCGCCAAACGCGGCGGCAACUUCCUGGCGUAUCAUCCCGACUUCUGAUUUCCUGCGUUACUUCUCGCUGUCUCUCUGCGAAGGCGAACAAGCCUUAUUCUAGCACUCAGGCUAGUCGGUAACUGACGAAUUUGCUGCUGCUCCCGAGAUUCGCGUCUGCCACGUGGCGAUCUCCUUUCCUAACCGAUUCAUUGGCCUGCCGUAGCUAACAGCACGAGCCGUUUUCCGUGUUAGGGUUGACAUACGCGCACGCCUUGAUUUAGAAGGAGGGGUCAGUGCGGCUGUGUCCUGCUGUCGCUUCUCUUUUCCUUAUCCUGCCGUCACCCGCUGUCUUAGAACAACCUUUCCUCCUUGAAAACGUCCCAUUUCUCAGGCCUCGCUAGACGAUAGCUUCGUUCUGCAUUCCUGAAAGGUCGCGUUAACCCUAGAGAGUGCAUUCGACAGUCACGACGAGAGUGCGCCAGGAGUUUUUUUUCCGAUUUAGCGCCGUAAACCCGGCGAUAGCACGUUCUGAGGUUUAAGCGAUCUCGUUUAAAACCGAUCCGUUGUAACAUAUAACGCCGAGUUUUGCUAUGGGAACCAAGUUGGAGGCUAAGCAGGUUGUGUACUGUGGAGUGUGCGGGUUGCCCCCGGAGUUCUGCGAGUUCGGGCCGGACUUCACCAAGUGCAAGCCAUGGCUGCUCGAGCACGCGCCGCACCUCUACCCCGACCUCGCGGCUGAGAAGCUGAAAGAGCUCUCAACAGCAGAGGGAGGGGAAGGUGCCGGGGCAGCAGGAGCGGGAGCAGCAGCACCAUCAGCAGCAGCAGCCAAGCCGGAAGAGCCAGUGAAGAAGCUUCCCGGUGGGAGGGUGAAGAAGCAGGACAAGAAGGAGGUGGUGGUGGAGCGAAUCGUCCGGAACAAGCGCAAGUCAGUCACAACCAUCAAAGGCCUCGAACACUUCGGGGUGAAGCUUCCUGAGGCGGCCAAGAAGCUGGGCAAGAAGUUUGCUAGUGGCGCCUCUGUUGUCAAGGGCCCAACGGAGAAGGAGCAGGUGGAUGUGCAGGGGGACAUUCUCCUUGAUAUAGUUGACUUCAUUACAGCAACAUGGCCGGACGUCCCUGAGGAGGCUAUUUUCUUUAUAGAAGACGGCAAGAAGGUCCCUGCAUGCUAGCAUGCCUUCCCUUCAGCUGUGCUGUGUAACGGCCGGGUCGGGGUGUGUGUUUGAGUGUGUGUGUACGAUUUCUACUACAAUUGUAAUUGCCGAUACUAGAAGAGUUAGCAUUUUGACGACUUAUCGUGUCCAGUUACCCCUGCAAGUAGGGCUCUAGGAAAGCAUUGCCCCAAUGAUGAGACGGGAUGGGAUGGGGUCGUAUCGUAGAGCGACAGUUUACCGCACUGGUGGUGGCACUUGCAUUGCUGUGAGACAAC